AUAGCCAUCAUGAAGAGAAACGGAUGUGAAGGAACCAUAGACAGCUUAUCCAUGGCGAAUUGCUUGAUGUUGCUUGCUCGUGGUGGAGGAGUUGAGGCGAAGACGAUGAUUACCAUGUCUGACUCUGUCGGUCGUACCUUCGAGUGCAAGACCUGUAACCGAAAGUUUCCGUCGUUUCAAGCACUAGGGGGACACAGAGCCAGCCACAAGAAGCCAAGAUUGAUGGAACUUGGGUUGGGAUUAGGAGGAGAUGAGAGCCAUCAACAGGCACAGCAGCAGAUGAUGAAGCCCAAGACACAUGAGUGUUCUAUUUGUGGACUUGAGUUUGCGAUUGGGCAAGCUUUAGGCGGGCAUAUGAGGCGUCAUAGAGCCGCCAUGACCAGUGGAGGCGCUAGAUUAUUACCUCCACCACCACCACCACCACCGGCGUCACAAGUUGCAGUUUUGAAGAAGUCUCAGAGUAGAAGGAUUCUUUGCUUGGACUUGGACUUGAACUUAACACCUUUUGAGAACGGAAUUGGAUUGGAUUUUGCUCUUGGGAAGAUGUCCCCUGUCCCGUCCCUGAUUUCUUGAUGCUCUCUUCCUCCUCCUAUGUUAAUAAUGGCGGCUUUUUUUCUUCUUUUUUUUUCUUU